UCCAAGGUGUCGGACGAGGAGCUGCUCAAGUGGAGCAAGGAGGAGCUGAUCCGCAGCCUCCGCCGCGCCGAGGCCGAGAAGAUGAGCGCGAUGCUGGACCACAGCAACCUCAUCCGAGAGGUGAACCGCCGCCUCCAGCUCCACCUCGGCGAGAUCCGCGGCUUGAAGGAUAUCAACCAGAAGCUGCAAGAAGAUAACCAAGAACUGAGAGACCUUUGCUGCUUUCUGGAUGAUGACAGGCAGAAAGGCAAGAAGGUGUCCCGUGAAUGGCAGAGACUGGGCAGGUACAGCGCUAGCGUUAUGCACAAAGAGGUUGCCUUAUAUUUGCAGAAGCUGAAAGAGCUGGAAGUGAGACAAGAAGAAGUGGUUAAGGAAAACCUGGAGCUGAAAGAGUUGUGUGUGUUGCUGGAUGAGGAGAAAAGUGGUGGAGCCGGCAGCCGGAGCUCUAUCGACAGCCAAAUCAGCCUGUGCCAGUUAACCACAACAAGUACUUACGUAAGAGAUGUCGGUGAUGGGAGCAGUACUUCUAGCACAGGAAGUACAGACAGUCCAGACCAUCACAAACAUCAUCCAAGUACUAGUCCAGAACACCUUCAAAAAACUCGGGGUGAAGGAAGCCCUGAGCAUCAGAAACACAGGAGUAUCAGCCCAGAGCACCUCCAGAAGCCUAGGAGUUCUGGCAGUCCUGAUCAUCACCUGAAAGGGCCAAGUCCAGAACAUCACAAAACCAUUAUCAAAGCUUCUGAACAACAAAAGCACAGCAGCAGCAGCCCAGAAACUCUCCCAAAGCAUGUUUUGAGUAGUAGCCCUGAACACUUUCAAAAGCAGAGGCCUGGUAGUAGCCCUGAGCAUCAAAAGCACAGCAGUGGCAGCCCAGAUCAUUUUCAAAAGCACACGCCAAGUGGAAGUACAGAACAUCUCCACAAAGUGAGGGGUACGAGCCCUGAGCAUCUCAAACAACAUUAUGGAGGCAGCCCAGAGCAUCUCAAACAUCUCAGUGGAGGCAGCAGAGAAGGUACCCUCAGGAGACAAGUAACAGAUGACCUGUCCCCUCACCACAGAAGUAUAUACAAUGGAAUGAAUGGUGGGUCAAUAUGUUUAGUGAAAACUCGCCUUGAAAAUUACUAA